UUGUUGUGAUAAACUUAUUAAAUAGAUCAAAUGAUCGUUGAUUUCAAUUGAGAACCACGGCAAUGACAGUAGGCACUCAUAUCAUCACCCUCAAGCGAGGAGAGUUCACAGAACGCACCCUCUACAAGGUCGAGCAAGGUGACAGGUUAUUAUUCAAACUACACAGCUCCAUUGUCGGCUUGGAUGCUAAAGUGUUCUCCAACAUCCCCCCAGAUGCCUCUAAAGACUUCAACAGACACGAGUACUACGAGUUGCCAUGGGUGUAUUCGGGUGGUGAUCAGACUUUGUCCGAGGUGGAUGGUCACGCAGAGGUCGUUGUUACUCUAAGCGGAAGUUUCAGAUACUACUCUGCAAUAGCUAGCUCCAGCUACAAGGACGAAGUUUGCGCUGGCUACUUUGUCGUAGAUCCCAUUCUCAAAAUCAACCCCUCAAGCGACAAGACAAUGCCGUUGGAGGCUGUGUGUAUGCAAACAGUGACGACAAAGCAAUUAGGCCCAGUUGAAGAAUGGCUUGACAGACUUAGGACCACUUAUGAGACCAAGUACAAUGUGGUCCAUUUUACUCCUGUGCAGCACCUGGGAGCCUCAAACUCGGCCUACUCAAUCAAAGACCAACUGAAGGUAGAUCCACGCUAUUUCUCGUCGAAAAAUUACGCAAACGAUGGCUGGACUGCAGUGGAGGGGGUGGUGCAGCACAUGCGCAAGGAGUGGGGCAUGUUCUCCAUCACAGACGUAGUCCUCAACCACACCUCCUAUGACUCACCCUGGAUACACGAACAUCCGGAAGCAGGUUAUAACCUGGUCAACAGCCCUCAUCUGAAGCCUGCGUUUGUAUUGGAUAGACUUCUGUGGCAGCUUACCCUAGACGUGAAUGCGGGCAAAUAUGCAAAGAAGGGAGUCCUACCGACACCCGUGACAAGCGAAACCCUAGAAAUCUUGAGAAACGUGUUCAUCAGUGAAGUGCUUCCGAAGCACAAAAUAGCCGAAUUCUACCUGGCAGAUGUGGACACACUUGUGUCUGAGUUCCGGGCUAAGCUGAAGGGGCUCUUGGAUGCUCCUGGUAGACUACCGGGUGACGUUGCUGUUCAGUUGGUACAGGACCCAAAGUACAACUUGUUUGGAUGUACUGUAGACUUGGAAGCAGCUGUAGCCAAAUUCUAUUUCCAGAGGCCGCAGAAAAACUACAGCGAGUUGGUUGAGGCGGCUGUGUCGGACUUCGAAGCGCAUGUAACUAGAUUGAACAAGGAGAAAAAAGAACGCAUCCAGGGAUUCCUCUUAGAUGGUGUUGGAAACUGCGUGGCCAAUGCUGGCUAUGUCUUUUUGGAUCCAAAUGGGCCAAAAUGGGAUAAGAUUGCAGAAGAAACUCCAAUCGUGUGGAGAUACUUCUCUGAGCAUCCUUACCAGACUAUGACUACAACCGAAGAGAUGGCGGCUAUUGAUGAACCAGAGGUAGCUUGUCACUUCAAAGCGUGCAAUGGAUGGAUCAUGUGCGAUGAUCCUCUCCGGAAUUUUGCUGAGCCAGGUUCCAUGGUCUACCUGAAGAGAGAGCUGAUUGUGUGGGGAGACUCUAUCAAGCUGCGAUUCGGCCAGUGUCGCGAAGACAGUCCCUACUUGUGGGACAGAGUUGAGAAGUACUGUGCAAAAACAGCCGAGAUGUUCGACGGAAUCCGACUGGACAAUUGUCAUAGCACCCCCCUACACGUAGCUGAGUUUGCAGUCGAUACUUGUAGGAGAGUGAAGAAGGACUUCUAUGUUAUGGCCGAGUUGUUCACAGGCAGAGAGGAUCUAGACAUGGUGUUUGUGAACAGACUGGGAAUCACGUCACUUGUAAGAGAAGCGAUGAGUGCAUACAACUGCCGUGAGCUGGGACGACAGGUCCACAGGUACGGAGGCCGACCAGUUGGGGACUUCUAUCUCCCCUCCUCCACCCCUCGACCACUCACUCCCUCUCUACCCCAUGCACUGUUCAUGGACUACACUCACGACAACCAGCCAUCUGCAGUACAGAAGAGGCAUCCGGUGGAUUUGUUGGCUAGUGCAGCAGCAGUGGCGAUGGGUGGUUAUGGCACUGGCAGUUCCAGAGGCUACGACGAAAUGGUGCCACACUAUAUUGACAUCGUGAACGAAAAGAGACUCUACCCAAAGUGGAACGAAGACGUCAGUGGAAAAGGGGACAAGAGUGUACCACCCACUGUGGGUAUGAGAAGUGGAAUGAUCAGGGGUAAGAGACUUGUGAACGAACUGCACCAGAUGAUGUCUUCUUCAGGAGACAAUGACACCGCCUCCUCUUUCGACCAGGUGUACGUGGACCAAGUGACUGAUGACGUGAUCACAGUGACUAGGCACAACUCGAGAACUCACGAGAGUGUGAUAGCUGCCAUCAGAACUGCCUUCGACCCCUCAGUUGACACUGAACAGCCUGCAGAGGCACACUCCCACCAAGUCACUUGUCUCAACAUACCAGGUCAAAUAACGGAGAUAAUUCUGGAAGCGAGCACAGUGUUGUCCAGUGAGAAGGAUAGCGGGACUCUAAACUUGAAGAAUUUCACGAGAGAUCUCAAAGUGAUAAACGGGCUCAACCAGUGGAGAGUAUUGUCGAAGCGCAACAUUCAGGUGGGUGAGAGUGAGAUGGUGAAAGUAAAAGAUAAAGAGGGUGACGCUUCGCAGGGGUGCAAAGUGGAGUUCAAGAGCUUCAAGCCAGGCAGUGUCGUUGUGUUCAGGGUAUCACUGGAUUUGAAUGUGAACCUGGCCAUGCAGAAGGUGCAGAAACUCAUAUCUGAAAUAGACCCCGCAUUCUUUGACCACGAAGCGCCAGCUUCUAAAACUGAUCACUCAAAAGACACUCCUCUGCAUCCCUUUGACUUCUCCGCGCUUUCUUUGGUGGAUAUGAAUGCCCUUCUGUACCGGUGCGGAGCUGAGGAGAGCUCGCAUGGAAUGGGGCUGGGGCCAUACAACUUGCCGAGUUAUGGGGACUUGAAAUACUGCGGAAUUGCAGGUGUGAAGUUUGUGCUGGAUGAGGCAGUGGCAGGUGGGGACUUGGGACACCCGCUGUGUGAGAAUGUGCGACAGGGGGACUGGCUCAUGGACUAUUCCGUCAACAGACUCAAAAUGCAGCCCAAUGUCAAACAGGUGGGUGAGUGGCUGGAGCCUGUGGUUAAAGAGAUGAAGAAGCUGCCGAUGUAUCUGAAGCCAGCGUACUUGCAGUGUCUCGUGACUGCUAUUUACAAUGCAUGUGUGAAACAGAUCAUGAUCAAGUUAAACCAGCCGAACGAAGAUAUUGGUUCACUGAAGUGCAAGUUGCUCCUUGGCUCAGUCCAACUGACAGGAGUGUGCAAGACGGCUGCUCUGGCACCAGUGCUGCUGGACAACAUGAAGGCCAGCUUUGACUAUGUCCACAAACUGCAGAGUGAUGUCCCAUCGCUGGCAGCCGGACUCCCACACUUCAGCGAGGGAAUCUGGCGCAACUGGGGAAGGGACACGUUCAUUGCAUUGAGGGGGCUCCUCAUUAUACCUGGUCGAAUAAAAGAAGCCAGAUACAUUAUCCUAAGCUACGCUUCAACCAUGCGCCACGGUUUGAUUCCCAAUCUACUGGGAGGAGGAGAAGUGUCCAGGUAUAAUUGCAGAGACGCCGUCUGGUGGUGGCUGAACAGUAUCCGUCACCUGUGCCAGGCGAUGACUACUGAAGAAGCUAGGAAGUUGUUGGAGGAGAAAGUGGCCCGCAUUUAUCGACAUGACUCGGCACUCUACGAGAGAAUGUCAACUGAACACGAGUUUCAUUCUUUGGCCGAUAUCAUCCAAGAAGGUCUUCAGAAGCACGCACAGGGAAUCCGGUUUGUUGAGAGAAAUGCUGGACCACAGAUUGACAGUAAUAUGUGCAAACCAGGUUUCACAGUUGAAGUGUCUGUGGAUCCUGCUACUGGUUUUACACUUGGAGGCAACAAAUAUAAUUGUGGAACUUGGAUGGACAAGAUGGGAUCCAGUGACAGGGCUGGAAACAGAGGCACUCCGGCAACUCCUCGCGAUGGAGCCUCCGUGGAGCUGCAGGGGUUGUGCUAUGCAUGUGUGAAGUGGCUGGGUGAAUUGAACAAGAAAAAGAUGUAUGCCUAUGAAGGCGUGAAAAUAAAAGAUGGAUCUCUUCUGAAAUUCUCCAAUUGGGCCGAGAGACUAGGAGCAAGCUUCGACUGUCACUUCUUCGUGGGCGCUUCACCCGAUGAAAGGUACAACGAUUUGUCACUGGUGAAUAAGAAGAACAUCUACAAGGACACUCUGGGGUCCCAGAACCCAUGGACUGACUACCAGCUCAGACCCAACUACGCUAUUGCAAUUGCAGAGGCCUUGGAGAUGUGUGAUCUGGAAAAUGCGUGGCGUGCUCUUGAAACAAUCCAAAAAGUGCUACUUGGUCCCUUGGGAAUGAAAACUCUAGACCCGAGUGACUGGAAAUACAACGGAGUGUACGACAAUGACAGAGAUGAUGAAAACUUCGAUCUUGCAAAGGGUUUCAACUACCAUAACGGACCAGAGUGGGUGUGGCUGACUGGGUUCUUCUUGCGGGCCAAACUGGCAGUCAGUCGGAAGCUGAAGAGAGAAGUGAGAGAGACGGAACAGCUCAUCUCACAGCACCUCACUCGUAUGUCUGAACACAUCCACAAUUCUCCGUGGAGGGGCGUGACCGAACUGACCAAUGUGAACGGAAACAUCUGUUCCUUCAGCAGUCCCACCCAAGCAUGGUCCUUUUCGACCGCCUUGGAACUUAUUCACGAGUUGAAUCAAAAGUAGACCGACGCUGCCAAGCUGAAAAAGAAACAAACAAUUAAUGAAUUUUAUUCUAUUUAACCGCCAUCACAUUAACCCCGAAAAACUGUAAUAGUGUUUUAUAUUUGUCAGACAAUUUAAUGAAUUUACUAAUUUGCUGAAUAGUAGUGUUUCUAUGAAACAGGUAUAAAUAAUCAAUUUGUAACUGUGGUUUAUAUGCAGUCAAGUAGUACUUGGAAAUCAUAUUUAGUAUUGAUAUUAUAUUUUCGCACUGAAAUAAGUAUGAAUUAAUUUUAGUUGAAAUUUGAACACUU